AUGGGUCAAGGCCUAAGCAUUGAAAUUGACGAUGCAGCCAAUCAGUGCAUCUGCAAGGUUGAUAUCAAGCCAUGGUUGUUCUCCAAGAGAAAAGGGUGCAGGAAUUUAGAAGUGGACACCAGUAAAAUUGAUAUAUAUUGGGACUUAACCAAUGCUAAGUUUGGUUCAGGACCUGAGCCAUUAGAGAAGUUCUAUUUAGCUGUUAUGUUUAACCAAGAAAUGGUUCUUUUUCUUGGGGACUUGAAGAGAGAAGCUUUCAACAAAGACCCUGUUGGUUCCAUUUCCAGAGCCAUUUUCAUUGCCAAAAGAGAGCACAUUUUUGGGAAGAAAUUUUAUGGCGCAAAGGCUCAGUUUUGUGAUAAGGGGAAGAGCCAUGAUGUGACAAUUGAAUGUGAGACUGUUGGGCUCCAUGAGCCAUACCUUGUGAUCUGCAUUGACAGUAAGAUGGUGAUGCAGGUGAAGAGGUUGAAUUGGAAGUUCAGAGGCAACCACACCAUUUUGGUUGAUGGGCUGAGAAUUGAAGUGUUUUGGGAUGUUCACAAUUGGCUCUUUGGCAAUGCCAUGGGCAAUGCAGUUUUCAUGUUCCAAACUUGCCUCAGUGAUGACAACAAGUUCUGGACCAGUCCACCAGUUUUGGAUCCUUCUGUGUUGGCUUGGUCUUCCUCUCAGCCAUUAAGAGAUAACCAGUUGCAGGGUCUUGGCUUUUCACUGGUUUUGCAUGCUUGGAAGAAUGAAUAG